AUGGUGGUUCGGCCGGGACUGGAUUCUUCCGCCGUAGCUGCACAGCAAUUUGACCUUUGUAGCGCCGCCAUUGAUGAGGCCCGAGCUUUGCUUCUCCAUGACUCGGAUUUUGUGAGGGAGACGAAUUCGCCCUUGACGGUGAACAACCGUGUGUGCCGGCCGAAACCUCCAAGCUCAGCGCCCUCGACCGACGAUUCAACGACCGGCGACAAGGAGUUCCUUAACCGGCAACAAGGAGUCACAGACGCAACUUCUGGGGACGAUUUUUGCGGAGAAGACGAUUUGGGGAUGAUUUGGAUUUGUGCGAUUUAG